GGAGAAGCGUUUCUCCCCCGUCCCGGCAAUAAUAUAAAACCGUCACGGCACCCGAACGCAAGGUUUGAAAAGCCUGUGUUUCGUUUUCUUUUCUUUCUCUCAUCCUUCAAUUCAAAAUAUAAAUUGUUGGUUCUUGCAAGGAGGCGAUCCAUAUGUUCGGAUGAUUUUGACGCCUUGUGUUGAGGGAUUUUGGUUUCCGAAGGGGGGAAGAGGCGUUGUGGGUGGUUGGGCUGCCCAUCGUCCAAAGGGAAGGAGGGGCGCUUCUAGGGUAGAAGAUUGAGGAGGAAGAACUUCUGGGGAGAUCGGAAUUAGGACCUUUCUGGGGAAGAUCAAGCGGCAAUGGCGUCGGCGAAGUCGUCCCGUUCGAGGGCUUCGGGUGUUGUUUCAGCCGGGGACAAAACGCAGGAGAACGCAGCGCAAUUGAGUGACAAGCUUAAGAUCUUCAAGGCCGAUUCAUUCGAUCCUGACUCCUACGUCCAGUCGAAAUGCCAGAGCGUGAACGAGAAGGAAAUAAGGCAGUUGUGUACAUACCUUAAUGAUUUGAAGAAGGCUUCUGCAGAAGAAAUGCGCAAAAGUGUUUAUGCUAACUAUUCGGCCUUCAUAAGGACUUCCAAGGAGAUAUCUGAUCUGGAGGGAGAACUGUUGUCUAUUAGAAAUCUUCUCUCUACCCAAGCAGGCUUCAUCCAUGCUUUGGCUGAAGGUGUGAACAUCAAUUCAUUAUCUAGCGGCUUUGAUGGUUCAGCAUCAGACAACCUUUCUGAUCUUGAGGAAGGCGAGCCUUCAGAUAUUGAGAAAUGGGCUGCUGAAUUUCCUGAUAUCCUUGAUGUUUUAUUGGCGGAAAAAAGAAUAGAUGAAGCUUUGGCUGCUCUUGAUGAAGGUGAAAAAAUAGCUGCUGAAGCACAAGAGCAGAAGACAUUGAACCCAGCAUCUCUCUCAUCAUUACAUUCUGCUAUAUCUGAACAUAGAAUGAAGUUAGCUGAUCAACUUGCAGAAACUGCAUCCCAGCCAUCUACACGAGGUGUGGAGCUUCGUUCAGCAGUUUCAGCUCUUAAAAGACUUGGAGAUGGGCCUCGUGCACAUACUUUGCUGCUCAAUGCACACCAUCAAAGACUUCAGUACAAUAUGCAAAAUUUACGACCUUCAAGCACCUCAUAUGGUGGAGCAUAUACUGCAGCUCUCUCACAGCUAGUGUUUUCUGCUAUUGCCCAGGCUGCCAGUGAUUCUUUAUCUGUCUUUGGGGAGGAGACAGCAUACGCAUCAGAGCUUGUUAUGUGGUCUAGUAAGCAGACUGAGUCUUUUGCUCUUCUUGUGAAGAGACAUGCUUUAGCUUCAUCAGCAGCUGCUGGAGGGUUGAGAGCCGCUGCAGAAUGUGUUCAAAUUGCACUGGGUCAUUGUUCUCUUUUGGAAGCUUAUGGAUUAACACUUUGUCCUGUUUUGUUGAGGCUGUUCAGGCCUAGUGUUGAGCAAGCAUUAGAAGCUAACCUGAAGAGAAUUAGGGAGAGCACUGCUGCCUUUGCUGCUGCUGAUGAUUGGUUACUCACAUAUGCACCAGUUGGUGGCCGGCCUCGAUCUUCCAGUGUUGCUGUUAGUAGUGGUAUUGCUUUCCAGCCAAAGCUCUCAAGUAGUGCGCAUAGGCUCAGCUCCAUGGUUCAGGAUUUCUGUGAAGAUGUUGCGCCACUGCUCAGCAUGCAACUAGGCAAUACAACAUUAGAAGGUCUUUUUCAAGUGUUUGACUCAUAUAUCAACCUUCUAAUAAAUGCUUUGCCUGGUUCGAUGGAGGAUGAUGGAGGAGGCGCUGGGAAUAAAAUUGUUAAAAUGGCUGAUACUGAGGCACAACAAAUAGCUUUAUUGGCCAAUGCAUCAUUAUUAGCUGAUGAACUCCUUCCACGUGCUGCCAUGAAGCUUGCCCCGUCUUAUCAGGCAAGUGCUAGGGAUGAUACAAGAAAGAGAGCUUCUGAAAGGCAGAGCCGGCUUCCUGAACAGCGAGAAUGGAGAAGGCGGCUGCAACGUUCCGUAGACAGAUUGCGAGAUAGUUUUUGUAGACAACAUGCUCUUGAUCUCAUCUUCACAGAAGAUGGUGAAACAUAUUUGAGUGCUGAGAUGUAUAUCCAUAUGGAUGGAAAUGCAGAUGAGCCUGACUGGUUCCCAUCUCCAAUCUUUCAGGAACUUUAUCUGAAGCUUAACAGGGUCGCAAGCAUAGCUGCAGAUAUGUUCGUUGGCCGGGAAAGAUUUGCCACUGUUCUUUUGAUGAGGCUCACUGAAACUGUUAUCUUAUGGCUUUCAGAAGACCAGAGUUUUUGGGAUGAUAUUGAGGAUGGCCCAAAGGCUUUGGGACCUCUUGGUCUGAAGCAGUUUUUGUUAGACAUGGAGUUUGUAACUAGAAUUUCUUCCCAAGGGCGUUAUCUAUCUCGGCACUUGCAUCAAGUUAUCAAGGACAUCAUAUCUAGAGCCAUGAAUGCCUUCGCUUCAACUGGGAUGGACCCAUACAGUGAACUUCCGUAUGAUGAGUGGUUCGGUGAGAUUUCUGAAGAGGCAAUGAACAAAUUGAGUGGAAAAAACCGAGUGAUGAAUGGAGAGCGGGAUCUCAACAGUCCAACUGCAUCUAUAUCUGCUCAGUCAAUGUCGUCGAUCAGAUCCCAUGGAAGCACCUAGUCAUGAGUUAUUGCCAUUCUUGACCUAGAAGGUCAACGUCGGAUCAUUGCUAUGGCUGGAAAUAAGCCAUUUCUUCAUUAGGCCUGCACGUCCUUGCCAUUGCUUUGGCAGUUCCAUCCAGACCCUUGUAUAAAAUAGGGUAGUAGGAAACUCUCUGUCUUCUUUUCAACGAGUGUUUUUUAACCUGUCUACGUGGCAAUUUAUUUUAGGGUUUAGGAAUUCUUUUUCGUAACGAUGGCCGAGCAAACGAGUUUCAGAUUGUAAUUUGUAAAUGUUUUGAUCCAUUUUUUUCAUCCUUCAAUGCUGUAUCGUAUCAGUGAUACACUGAUACACAAGUUUGGAUGUACAA